CUAUCUAUUGCCUUCUACACUCAUCUCUCCCUCUCCCUCUCUCUCUCUCUCUCUCUCACUCACACACACUCUCUCUCUCUGCCUCUGCCUCAAUUCUGUUCUGUCUCUCAUUCAUUAUGAAACAGAACAGAUUGUGAGAGAGGAGGCUCUAAAAUAUUUGGAAAGCAGAUAAUUUGUUUUCUGGGCUUUCCUUUUUCUGGGUAAAACAGAGAGAAAGAGAAUAAAUAAAAGAAGACCUGAAUUGUUUUUUUUUUUUUUUAAAGACCUGAAUUAUCGCAGUUUCUAUGUCAAUCUAAGAUUUUCACUCCAUUUCAUCCACAUUGUUAGAAAUUCAUUAUCCAUAUCAAAAUUAGAUCUACUGCUCUUGUUUUUGUAGUCACCUUAUCUUCUAUUUUCCUCUGUUAUCUUCUUCUCUGUUGAGACAGAAAAAAACAGAGAUGGCUGAAGAAUCACCAAAAUUCAUAAUCCCAGAAGUAUUCCAGGUUUCAAGAGGAGAAUUUGGAGACCAACUUGGGUUGAUUUGGGAAUUAGUUAAAGCUCCAUUGAUAGUUCCUUUGCUGCAACUUGGGGUUUAUAUUUGCUUAACAAUGUCUCUUAUGCUCUUCAUGGAGAGGCUUUACAUGGGUGUUGUUAUUAUUCUUGUAAAGCUUUUUUUCAAAAAACCAGACAAACGUUACAAAUGGGAAUCUUUGCAAGAAGAUGAGGAAUCAGGCAACUCGGAUUUUCCUGUUGUUCUUAUCCAAAUCCCAAUGUUCAAUGAAAGAGAGGUUUACAAAGUCUCAAUUGGGGCAGUGUCUAAUCUUUCUUGGCCAGCGGAUCGUUUGGUGAUCCAAGUCCUUGAUGAUUCAACCGACCCAGAAAUCAAGCAAAUGGUGGAGCAAGAAUGCCAGAGAUGGGCAAGCAAAGGAGUAAAUAUAAGGUACCAAAUUAGAGAAAACAGAGGAGGAUAUAAAGCUGGAGCUUUAAGAGAUGGGCUUAAGAAAGGCUAUGUCAAACAUUGCCAGUAUGUGGCUAUGUUUGAUGCUGAUUUUCAGCCAGAUCCUGAUUUUCUCAAACGUUCUAUUCCUUUCUUGGUUCACAAUCCUGAAAUUGCCCUUGUUCAAGCUCGCUGGAGAUUUGUGAAUGCAGAUGAGUGCUUACUGACAAGAAUGCAAGAGAUGUCAUUGGAUUACCAUUUCACUGUGGAGCAAGAAGUUGGUUCAUCAACUCAUGCAUUCUUUGGCUUCAAUGGGACUGCUGGGAUAUGGAGAAUUGCUGCAAUUAAUGAGGCUGGUGGGUGGAAGGACAGAACCACAGUGGAAGAUAUGGAUCUUGCCGUCCGAUGUAGUCUCAGGGGAUGGAAAUUUCUUUACCUUGGUGACCUCCAUGUGAAAAGUGAACUUCCUAGUACUUUCAAGGCCUUCAGGUACCAGCAGCACAGGUGGUCCUGUGGUCCUGCUAAUCUCUUCAGGAAAAUGGUGAUGGAAAUAGUUAGAAAUAAGAAAGUGAGAUUCUGGAAGAAGGUUUAUGUGAUCUACAGCUUCUUCUUCGUUCGCAAGAUCAUUGCUCAUAUGGUCACCUUCUGGUUCUACUGUGUUGUUCUUCCAUUAACCAUUUUGGUUCCUGAGGUUCAAGUUCCAAUUUGGGGAGCUGUUUAUAUCCCUUCAAUUAUUACUAUUCUAAAUUCAGUAGGCACUCCAAGGUCGAUUCACUUACUAUUCUAUUGGAUCUUGUUCGAAAACGUGAUGUCCUUGCAUCGAACAAAGGCGACACUCAUCGGUCUGCUGGGUGCAGGAAGAGCUAAUGAAUGGGUUGUCACUGAAAAACUUGGAAACACACUUCAGAAAAAUGCAGAUGCUGCCAAGAACAAGACCAGUGUCAAAACGGCUCGAAGACCUCGGUUCAAAUUCACCGACAGGAUUAACAAAUUGGAACUAGGAUUUGCAGCAUUCUUAUUCUUAUGUGGAUGUUAUGAUUUUGUUCAUGGCAAGAACAACUACUUUGUAUACCUUUUCCUCCAAACUGUUACCUUCUUCAUCACCGGAAUCGGCUACGUCGGAACCAUCAUCCCCAGCUCUUAGCAGCAUCAGCAGCAGCAGCUAGUUACAUCGAAAAAUCGGCGCGCAGCCUUUUUCGUGUUUCAUAUGUUGUGUUUAUGUUUAUUUUUUACUCUACUAUUUAAUAUGCUUGGCAACAAAUGCCAUUCUCAAAAGAAUUAAUUCUGAAUGGCUGAAGAGAAAGUAGAGGAAAAAGAAUCCCAGAAGAGAAAAUGCUGUUAUUAUGUUAGCACAUGAUACAAAGUCAGAGGACCAAAGAGGCCAGCAGAAACAGCAUCUACUUUAGGCAACAAAUAAUGAUAUUUUCUUUUAAAGAGAUUGCUUGUAGUUGGGAGAUUUUAUGUUCUUAUUUCUGUUCUCCAAUUGUUAGGUUUUCAAUAGAUUCAGCAGAAGAAGCUGCUGAUGAAAUGAAAUGGUCUACCAAUUCUAUAUUGCAGAUAUGUUCUUUUUUUCCCUCUUCAAUUGUAUUGCAUAUCUUUGAUGUAAUGAUGGAGACUUGCUUAGUACUGAAAUUCUCUCUAUAGCUGUAA